AUGCUAGUGGCAUUGCUGUUGCUGGUGCUGGCAUUGAGCAAUGGAGUGAGAGUGAAUGGUGAAAGAGGUGGUAGGCAAUGUGGGGCGAAUCCGUCGCUAAAGCCUAGGCCACAUAGUGUCUCUAUUUUGGAGUUUGGUGCGGUGGGAGAUGGUAAAACAUUGAACACUCUUGCAUUUCAGAAUGCCAUUUUCUAUCUCAAGUCAUUUGCUGACAAAGGUGGUGCUCAACUGUAUGUACCACCUGGAACAUGGCUUACUCAAAGUUUCAAUCUCACUAGCCAUCUUACCCUCUUUUUGGAAAAAGGUGCUGUCAUUGUUGGAUCUCAGGAUUCCCAUCACUGGGAAGUUGUUGAUCCUUUACCGUCAUAUGGUCGAGGACUUGAAGUUCCUGGAGGAAGAUAUCAGAGCUUGAUAAAUGGAUAUAAGUUACAAGAUGUGGUCAUAACAGGUAAUAAUGGAACCAUUGAUGGCAUGGGAUUGACUUGGUGGGAAUCAUUUAAAUCUCAUUCCUUGAACUACAGCCGUCCUCAUCUGGUUGAAUUAGUGGCAUCUAAUGAUGUGGUAGUUUCAAAUCUUACAUUCUUGAAUGCCCCUGCAUAUAACAUUCACCCGGUUUAUUGCAGCAAUGUACAUAUUCAUAAUAUCUCAAUCUUUGCUCCUCCGGAAUCCCCUUAUACUGUUGGAAUAGUACCAGAUUCUUCUGACCAUGUUUGCAUAGAGGAUUGUACGAUUGCCACUGGUUAUGAUGCAAUCGCCCUGAAAAGUGGCUGGGACGAGUAUGGAAUCGCCUACGGUAGGCCUACCGAGAAUGUCCACAUUAGAAGGGUACAUCUACAAGCAUCUUAUGGCUCCGCUCUUGCAUUUGGUAGUGACAUGUCUGGUGGCAUUUCAAAUGUUGUUGUGGAGCAUAUUCAUCUCCACAACUCAAAAGGUGGCAUUGAGUUCAGAACUGUUAAAGGAAGAGGUGGUUAUAUGAAGGAAAUAAUCAUAUCAGACGUAGAAAUGAAGAAUAUCGACACAGCAAUAUCUGCCUCGGGUUAUUGUGGUUCUCAUCCCGAUGACAAAUUUGAUCCUAAUGCUUUACCACUUUUGGAUCACUUUAUUUUUCAAGAUAUGAUUGGAACAAACAUCACCAUUGCUGGAAGCUUUGCUGGACUACAAGAAUCUCCAUUUACUAAUAUAUGCUUAUCUAAUAUAACCUUGUCUGUAAAUUAUGCUUCCUCCACUACAUGGAAUUGCUCAAAUGUUUCUGGAUUUUCAGAUUCUGUUGUCCCUAAACCUUGCUCUGAUCUUGACAACCCCUCAAAUUAUUCCUCAUCUUAUCUCUCCAUGUUGAGUAUGAAAGGGAAAUCUAUGGUGUCCGGCUCGGUGUCGAUGAAAAAGUGA